UUCAAAUUGACCACAAUGAAGACUGUAUUACUAUUAGUGUUAUUUAAUAUUAGUGUUUUCAUUCGUUUUACAAAUGCCACUUGUGCGCUAACCGAUGUUGACGAUUUUAAGAAUUUAAAAUGUGAUCACUCGAGUUUCGAUGAAAUUCGUGACCAAAUAGGUAAAUUGGUUUCGAAUAUAUUUAUCACACUCUCAAAAAUUCCACACAUCAAGGACUAUACAUUUUUAAAUUUUGGAUCAAUUGUACAUUCUUUAUCUCUUCAAAAUUGUGAAAUAAUCGAUAUUGACAAACGUGCAUUUAUGGGCUUAAAUAAGUUACAAAAAUUAAGCUUAAAUAAUAAUAAUAUUAGUAAAGUUCAUUCAGAAUGGUUCAAUGAUACGCCCAAUUUAAAGGAACUUGAUUUAUCUUUUAAUAAAAUCAAAAAAAUUGACACUUCAGUCUUUCAAAAUUUAUUGAAUCUUCGCAAUCUUAAUUUGAAUAAUAAUCAAAUUUCUUGUUUGAGACCUGAUGAAAUGGAACCAAUGAAGAGUCUUGAUAAGAUACGUUUCGAUGGAAAUUCAUUACAAUUUAUAUGUCGAGGAAAGUUGACCCGCUGGUUAAAGGACAAAGGCAAUCGAUAUACAAGUGAAGGAGAUGGAUUCAAAUAUCGAGAGGACUAUCUUGAUAGUUUAAUUUGGAAAUGUGCUAUUGAUCGUGAAAUAGAAAAUUCGGAACUUCUUAUGAAGGAAUGUGUCUUUUUAAAUUUAUACAAUCAAUUGCAAACGGCCUUGGUGACAUCGUGUUCCUUUCCAUCAACAGCAUCCGAGUGUGUUAAUGAGAGAAGUUCUCUUGUUCGUUGUAUACAGCAAAGUGGAAAUGGGAACAUCAAUAAUGGAGAGGCUGUACGUAAAUUGCUUCUAGCAUUGAGGAGUGGCAUUAAAACACCACGUUAUAUCUAAUAAAAAAUAAAGAGAGAGAAAGAGGAAAAAAAAGAUAAAUAUACGAAUAAAAUGAAGUAGAUAUUAAAGCACCCAAGAGAUACGAAAGGACUCUCAUUAUGGAGCUGUUUUAUAGGAUUAAAAGAAAUGUGGAGCGAGCCAUUACAGAGGAUGCAGUCAGUCUCUCUCUCUCUCUUUCUCUUAUAUAUAGGAAAAGAGAAAAAGUAGUUUAAACAGUUUUUUUCUUCUUUCACUAAAUUUUCUCUCUGGCACUAUGUAAAUGUAAUAUAUUUUGCUAAUAAAAUUCACGUUUAUAUUAA